UGAUGACAUACAACGUCUAUAGAGAUCUGCAGUCUAUGGUCUAGUCUUAAAUUUACAACAUUAGUGCUACUCGAGUGUUCACGAGAGACAGUCGAGCAAUUGCAUUCAUCGGUUUAGUUGUAAUUUAAUAAAAUUUAAAGCGUUGCUUUAAUAAUUCUAGCGAAAUGUCUAGUACACUUAUUGUAGCAGGGCUUGGCCUUGCUGCAUUAGGUUUUACUGGACGUUAUGUCUUGAAAAGGAUGCCAGCUUUGUCAAAAACAAUGUCAGAGGCUGUUAAAAAUAUGUCAGCAUUGGAUUCACAGAAAUUAGCAAAUAGCAAAUACUACAAAGGAGGCUUUGAAGCAAAAAUGACUCGCAGAGAAGCCAGUUUAAUAUUAGGUGUAUCUCCAACUGCAAACAAAGCAAAAGUAAAAGAGCGCUUUAAAAAAGUCAUGGCUGUAAAUCAUCCCGAUAGAGGUGGAUCCGCUUAUAUAGCAGCAAAAGUUAAUGAAGCAAAAGAUUUGUUAGAAAAAUGACCUAUGUGUGCAUAGUAAUGUAAAGAAUUAGGUAUAACAGUUUACAUCUAUAUAUGUAAAUUUAAUUCUAAUGUUAGAUUUACUAAAACAAAUUUUUCUGUAUAUAUCUAUUUAACACAAAUAAAUCUUAUAUUUUGUGUAACUUAGAAUAAAGUUGUUUGUAAAUAGAUACAUUGCUGGUGGGUUUAAUGUUAAUACUAGCUAAUUGAGCUAAGAGUUACUGUACUUAAGAUACUUAAUACAUGAUAUUAAUAUAA